AACGAUAACCAGGCCCUACCUACAAAGUCACGUAGUAUAACCUAAUUUUAAGUCCAGUGUCACUCUGUGUGUGUAGUGUAAAAGUGUAGGCUAGCGAGAGUAAAUUGCACCGUGUAGUGUAAAUGAUGUGUAUAUUUACAGUUCAAUAUAUUCAGUGACUGAGUUUGUUACUUGAGUGAAUAGUCACAAAACUAAUGGUGUAAUCAUAUACGACAAAACAGUCUAAUCAGUCUAAUCUGAACUUUAUAAAAAAUUAAAUUAGCAAUGUCUUCUGGACCGCCUUUGCCAGAUCCACUACCUCCUCUUGACAGACAAAAUUUAAAUAACCCCAUUGAGACACAAGGGACUUCAAGACACGAAGAAGCUCAAAACGUUUUGGCAAUGUUAACAGAUGAAGAAAGAAUGAUUAUGAAAGAAUGUGAAAGAGACAGCUUUUACAAAAGAGCUCUACCUGCAUCAGUUGGUGCUAUGUCUGCUGCCUUCAUGAUGGUGAAAAGUGGAAGAUGGGCUGCACAUCCAAAAUAUGGACCUAUACCUAAAGUCAUUAUUGCUGGUUUUGUUGGCCAUUUUAUUGGUAAAGUGAUGUACCUGCCUGUUUGUCAGCAGAAAAUCCUAACUAAAUUGCCUAACUCCAACUUGGCAGCUGCUAUCAGGAAGUCAAAGGGUUUGCCAGACCCAGAACAACAGGUAGAUACAUGGGAGGAGGGUGCAGGUAGAAGUAACAGGCAUUCUAAGCUAGAAGAAUAUAAACCUGUGGAUGGUCUAGAUGACAGAUUUCGUCCCAGUGUCGAUAGAGAUGUAAAGGAACCAGCUGUAUCUCCACAAGAGAAGAACACUAUUACUUAUGAUGAGCUGCGGCGAAGGAACCGCCAAGAGCAUGAAGAUUAUAAGAAGCAGCAGGUACCACCACCUGGUUCACAGAAAACAUGGCCUGACUCUGGUGAUAGAGCUCAGCCAGACAAUAGAGAAACAGACAUCAGGAUGGAACCACCACCUUACCAAGCACCCCCAAAAAGAAAGCGAACUAACAUGUGGGGAGAUCCAAUUGAAGAAUAAUGUACACUUAAUGCUUAGGUGUUCAAAUUAUAUUAGUGUGCUGUAUAAAGCUGAGUUUGUCAUUUAUAGCUGUUGGUACAUGAAGCAUUAGAUCUUGUUUUGUUAUUGACUGAUAAUGUGUAUGCAAGAAGCAGAGAGCCCAGCAGAUGUUAUAAAAAUUGACAAUUGUUAACAGAUUCUAAGUUUAUGAUUGUGAUAAUAAGUUAAAGAUAGAUUGCUUUGAGAACAAUAAUAGAUGAUUACAUUGGCAUGAAAGCUAUUGAUGAGAGCAAUUUAAAAGUACAGUAUAUCAUUGUAUACAAUAGAGCUUUGUUUGUUUUUUUACUAUAUAUUAUAAAUUAAAGUUAACAUUCAAU